AGCCGCUGAUGAACUCAUCAACGGCGGCGGCGCUAGGCUGCCGCUCGUCUAAGAAAAAGACGGUGCACUUUGCGCUGCCCGGUCGUGUCAUACGUCCGCUGCAGUGGCGCGAUGACGUCAUAUGGGCGCGCGUCGAGCCCGUCAAGGGACGGCGGUACUCGACCUCGACCGGACACCUGUUUCAGCCUCCCUCGUCGGAGGCAUCGCCGACGACGGUGAUCACCGCAGAAUGCACCACCACCACCACCGCCACCCGCGUGCACCGACGUAGCGCCAGUAACUGUUCCUCCGUUGACUCAAAUUACGCCAACACCUCCUCGCAGGAGGACAAUCAGUCGUCUUCUAGUGCAGACUCCGUACCGAACAUCGUCAUUCUUACCUGUUCCGGACAACGGUCUAUAGAUUUAAUAUUUUUGUGA